AUGCCAAUACUGGCCAUCGAGUUGAUAUGGUCCUAAAGUGGUUGAAAGCAACCGCAGAUGAAUGCUUGCGAACAGGGAAUACUAGAAACUGUAGCCCCACGUACGUUUCCAGUAUAGCAUCCAUCUUGUGGUUCAGUAAAGAGGCCGAAAUUGGCUACGACUUGAAGGAACUUAUAACUCUGGACCUGUUUGAUGCGAUCUACGAUUUGAAAAUGAGAACCACCAACAACAGUUUAAAAUAUACAUUGGAUUGUCUUCUGUGCUCCGUGUGCUACAUUCGUUCCGAAUUAUUUCCGCUGUUGCUGCAGAAAGUCGGCGUUCUUGUGCCCAAUCUGUCCACUGAUCGAGCCGCCUCAAUCAGCGAUGAUCGCAAAGAUGCAGAAGGAAUGACGGAUGACCACAAGGAAGACUACGCGAAUUGCGAAUGGUAUGGUCAUUUGAUCAUACGGGAUUUGUCGGAAUUGGAUUUAUCGCAAGAACAACUGGAGACUGUGGCUUUGGCUAGCAGGUCACCCACCGCAAUCCAGCAACUGUUAGACUCAGGGUUGCCGAAACUGUUGAAUAACGCCAUUCACGAAUUUUGCAAUAAGAACGACCAGGACAGUUCGGUGCCGAUGGCCAAACUCGAGCAAGUGGCCGCAAUAUUGCAGUUCUUUACUAACGCCUGUGAUGAGAAGAUGCUUAGAGACUGGCUUGGAUCCCCAGAUGGAUCUUCGUUUUGGCCUCAGCUCUUACAUUGGCUCUGCAAGAAUCCAUUCAACAGCGCCAAUAUGCAGUCCGAGGCCCUCGUACAUUUAGAAGAAAUUUGUGUGAAGUUUUUGUCGAAAUGCUGUUUGUGUCAUCCGACGAAUCAAGCUCGUUUAGCGACAGUCCUAUGUGAAGUGAUAUCCUUGCAGCAAAACGACAUUUCUGGCUUUUUGCGCCGACUUAUACUUCAGUUGCUUCUGGAGAACGAGAAAGUGCCAGUCAUCAUUGAAGCAAAUUUUGCACUCUACCAAAACUUCAACAUUUUUGAACUGAUCGUUCCAGUCCAUCCGGCAUUUAAACAGACACACCAUCGCAGAACGUCGUAUAUGAGUACUUCAACCUGUUUAGGCGAAAUCUUGGAGGGAUAUAUUUCGUGCCCCCCCAACGCGUCCGCCUCCAAAUCGGAAUCGGUAUCGUCCAAAAAGUCUUCGACCAUAUCAAAAAAAGACACCUCGCAUCUCAAAGACUUUUAUGUGGCGGAGUUUGGAGUGUUAAGCAUGGCCGCGGGAAAUACUGCUAAAGACAAACGUGCUAAAGACAUUAAGAAUCUUGCUGCUGUCACACCCCAAUCGAAGAAGAAGCGCUACGCGUCAGAGACUCUGGUCUACGAUAUAAUCGAGGGGCGAUGCAUCUCAUGUCAAGCUUUUCCCGGCGAACCGCUUCCGUUGAGCUUGAAUUUGGGGCAACUGCUGCUACUCAUCGAAUCGAAAAACAUCACGAACAACUGGCCAUUUCUUCAUCUCACAGUUAGUGAGAGCACAAGUGAUGAACGCAAACAUCAGACCAAGGAAGCGAUUUAUAUGGUCCAACAACAGCACCCCAUUUGCAACGCAUUGCUGGCAUUCAGCUCUAUUGGUGGCUUGGCUCUUUUAGCUCAGCACUUACCUACAGUAUAUCCUGAGGCGAUCAGAGUUGCAAAUCCUGAAAAGACGAUGCCUGAUUUCUCCGAAUCCGAAUGGAUUAAGCUAGAAGAUGCCGAUGAUCUAUACGAGGAUAUCGAAGAGGUGAUGAGUAACUCUGCAUCGCCCAGUUCGACGGGAACAAUCUCGCAAAUUCCUCCACAUUCCCUAACUGCGUUCAGUUUGUUUUUGCGACUGCCUGGAUAUGCAGACGUGCUACUAAAAGACACCAAAAAGGCGAUUUGUCUGUUAAGACUUAUGUUGGGCGUUACUGACGACGGAGAAGGUCGAGACAUGUUGCAGUGGGCCGUGGCCUCAUCUUUGGCAACCUUUCCAUUUGAAGUGUUACGCCAGCUUUACGACGUAUCCCCUUUGUGUUCCGACGAUGGCCGACUUCUACGAAGAAUCAGUAUUAGUAGUGGAGCUGUGCAGCUAAUUCUGUCUUGCCUGGGACUGCUGACGCAUCACUCCUCAACCAAUCAUGAGAAGGACUCCGUUAAGAAUCAGAAAACGAAGGAAGAACGCCAGCUUUACUGGGCGAAAGGUACGGGAUUCGGAACUGGAUCCACCCAACAAAGCUGGAACGUUGAGCAAGCCCUAAUGAAACAGAAAACUGAAGAGGAGCAUGUGACAGUCUUAUUGGAUGUAUUGGCAAGUUAUAUCAACCCCAAUGAUGAAGCUGGUGAAGAACUGGUCGGAUAUGUUCUACCGCCUCAGUUUCCCGAGAUGUUAGCCAAAAGCGCUUUGCUCCCAGCCAUUAGUUCCUAUCUAAGAAAUGAUUCAGUAUUAGACAUGGCUAGACACAUACCGCUCUAUAAGGCCGUGUUGAAAGUUCUUAGAGCUUUGGCUCUCAUUAAGCAGCUAGCCAAGCUGUUGUUACCGCAAAAUUCCGAAUGCAGCGAACUCUCGGUUAGUUCAUUGCUCAAUAAUAUGCGGACGUGCGUCGAUACAUAUGCGAGUAAAUUGAGGUAAGUUUUGCGAAUACUU